UAAAACAGCUACUUUCGGGUAGUCGUGGUGAACAAGUUUGAGCUUGUAUGAAAUUGACGCUUUGGCAACUCAUAGCUACACUCCUCUGCUCUUUGAAUCAACCAAUCAGAAGCCGCCAGGCCCUCGCACAAAAGCUGGAGGGCCUUCGACAGACACCGCAGUCGUGCGCAAGUUGGAAAACAGUGAAGACGUGCCGCAGUAACCUCCAAGUUUCCCCCCCCUCCGAACUUCGUAAUCAUGGUAAGCACACAGUGACUGUGGGAUAGUGAAGCCUAGUGAUAUACUUACCUUUUGAUGUUGGUUUGAAGGGCUGUAGUGUUACUGACGUGUCGUAGUGACAAAAAAAAAAGUAUAGAUCCCUUGCGGGAUACUUCGGUCGUUCUUAGGCGGACCACGCUCAUCCCAUGAGGGAUGUAUCGGACCGUAACGGUUACAACGGCCAGUAGAAUACGACGUCAAGUAAUUUUUUUAGUGCUUGUUUUAGACAUUUGUGAAUAAUUUUAACAAUAUUUCUAGAUAUAAUAGUGAUGAUUUAUAGAUGUUAGGCUCAUGUGCAUAUAAAUUAUUACCUUACAAGGGAUUGAAUGAUAGGUUUUUGUUAGGGAAAGUUACAUUUUUCUUUCAUUACAUGAUUUUAAAGUUGUUUUUUUUUAUUUUUGCAGUUUCAAAGCAGUAUGUUUUAUGGGCAACGCAAUGCUGCAUUGGAGACUCAGGAACAUGUACCAUGGGUAGCCCCUGACGACGCUGAAGGAAGUGAUGUCGACGUGAGCCCUUUGGACAUUGACAGUGAUGAUGACGACCCUACCUACGUUCCUGACGAAGGCCUUACUCAGGACGAUGCCUUUGACCCUCCUAACUCUAGAGCUCGCAAGGUCAAUGUUGUUGUCCCUCAAGCGAUGCCUAUGGAAGAGGAAGGUGAGCCUAACCUAAGAGGUCUCGUGCUGAUGAAUGGAAGAAGGAAGACAUUGAUAUCCGUGCCCUGCCCAACUUCAUUCAUCAGAAGCCUGACUAUUUGAGGGAACCUUAUGAAUAUUUCUCCCAGUUCUUCACAACUGAAUUGAGGGAACACAUUGUGUAUCAAUCCAACCUGUACUCAAGACAGAAGGAUGUAGGCAGCAACUUCCACAUGUCAGAAGAGGAUCUCAUGGUUUUCCUUGGCCUCAUCGUGUACAUGGGCCUGGUUCCUCUCCCUAGCAUAGUUGAC